UUCAGCAGCAGAAGACGAAAAAUUGCUCCGUCUAUCUCUCCCGACUUUUCAUUCCAUUACAGUCAGACUAGACUUCAGAAAAGCACUCUGUGGCCAGGCCUUCAGUUAGGCUACAGAAUGUAAAUGGGGCUCUGCAGCAGGCAUCAUGACCACAGCUAGGUACCGACCAACCUGGGAUUUGGCCCUGGACCCGCUGGUGUCCUGUAAGCUGUGCCUGGGAGAGUUUCCCUUGGAGCAAAUGACCACCAUCACUCAGUGCCAAUGCAUCUUCUGCACCCUGUGCCUGAAGCAGUAUGUGGAACUUCUCAUCAAAGAGGGCUUUGAAACGGCCAUCAGCUGUCCAGACUCAGCCUGUCCAAAACGUGGACAUUUACAAGAAAAUGAGAUUGAAUGCAUGGUGGCCACAGAGAUAAUGCAGAGGUACAGGAAGCUGCAGUUUGAGAAGGAGGUGUUGCUGGACCCAAGCCGGACCUGGUGCCCGUCCUCCACGUGCCAGGCCGUGUGCCAACUGAAGGAGUCUGACACGGCGCUUCCACAGUUGGUGCGGUGCAGCGUUUGCACACUUGAGUUCUGUUCCGCCUGCAAGGCCAGCUGGCACCCGGACCAAGACUGCCAGGAGAACGUUCCCAUCACCUCGUUUCUACCUGGAGAAAGCAGUUCAUUCUUUAAGGCUGAUGAUGAUGACGCCCCCAUCAAACGCUGCCCCAAAUGUAAAGUCUACAUAGAAAGAGACGAGGGCUGUGCCCAGAUGAUGUGUAAGAACUGCAAGCAUGCUUUCUGCUGGUACUGCCUCGAGUCUCUGGACGACGACUUCCUCCUGAUCCAUUAUGACAAAGGACCCUGCCGGAACAAAUUAGGCCACUCCAGAGCCUCGGUGAUCUGGCACAGAACGCAGGUUGUUGGAAUCUUUGCUGGUUUCGGCCUCCUCUUACUGGUAGCCUCUCCGUUCUUGCUGCUAGCCACACCAUUCGUGCUGUGCUGUAAGUGCAAGUGCAGUAAAGGCGACGAUGACCCUUUACCCACCUAACAUCUCGGCGUGAGCAGUCCCUGUACGAGGAAUUCCGGUCAUCUCCUUUAAUCGUUUUUCUUUUCCUCCUCCGCCUUCGAGCUCUUCAUCAACCGGUGGGACUUGCGCAGAGCCAUCUCACGCCACGGUUACUGUCACAGCUAGCUGAGUAGGCUCCAUCCCGACAGGCCUGAUGAGACUAAAGCAGACCUCAUGAGCCUGCUGCUUGCUUAGGUGGAGGAUUCGACAGGUGGGGGUUCCCUUAGCGCAGUAACAAAAGAGACGUUACCGAAGGAGCACGGUGCUGUUCCAUCCGGGCGCUUGACUCUUUUGUGGAUCUUUCGCAUAUGUGGCUCUUAUGGAGGGUUCUGUUCUAACAGAAAAUAUAUUUAGUUUGUUUGUCAGUUUCUAUGUGCAUAGUAGCAUUUCAGUCACACGGCCUAUUCUUUAUUACUUGUUUUGCACAGAUAAGGGGCUUUUCUCUCACUUUAAAAGCUCUGGAGUAGAUUUCUUUUUUUUUUUUUGGCUCAAAUGUACAGCUUAAUACUACUUUACAUGUUCAUGAAACGUUAAAUUGUAGAUUCAAAACUUUUUGAUAGCACUUUUUUUCCCUUUUCAUGUCAAAUCAUUGGGCCCUAUCAUACACCCCGCGCAAUGUGAUGCCAGGCGCAACGCAAGUGUUUUUUGCUAGUUUCAGCCUGACGCAUUUAUCAUUUUCACGUGUAGUGCCCACAUUAUUUAAAUAGCACAUGCACUCACGGCCAUCUGUUCGCCCAUGGGCGUGCUGGUCUGAAUACGAGGUGUGUUCAGGUGCAUUGUUGGCGUGUUGCUAUUUUGAGGCAACUGAAAAUGACUGCACCAUUGACCAAGUAUUUGACGCAGUAUUUU